AUGUGCCGUUUUUCCGACAUGGAUUCCGAGGUGAAGUCCCAACUAAUUACAGGCUGCCUGUCGGAAAAAGUCCGCCAGAAGGGACUCAUGAACUCAGAUAUGUCACUACAUGAUUUAAUAAACUACGCAAGGACAACGGAGACGAUAGCGUCGCACCUACAAACAAUGCGACUGGAAGACAACAACACCGCUACUGCUACAACCGCCCCAAUAAACAAAGUCGCGGACGAACAGCGCCAACCAAGCAACUAUCCCCGGCAAUACCAGUGCAGGAAUUGCAACGGGAAAUACCCUCAUGAGCGGGGACCGACGUCUUGCCCUGCAUUUCAUACCCAGUGCACACACUGCGGAAUGUGGGGACACUUCACCUCUGUCUGUUUCAGAAGAUUAAACGACGGAGACAGACAACGGAAAACAAAUCGUCCCCCACGAACACAGACCAAUCGACUCUCAGUGAACCGCACUGAAAACGACCAACGGAACCCACAUAGCAGUGGUAGUGAUACAGAAUACGUGUUCCACACAGCUGGAGCUCGGAACUUCCCACCUCCAAUUGAAAUGGAUACUCCAGCAAACAGGAGUUCAUCUUUAUUUUUGGGGCUUCCCAACCAAAUAAAAGGGCAACUUGAUGAACAAUCACAAACUCUCCACAAAAUCAAUUCCACAAUCCAGAAACUUGAAGCUGAAAACGCUCUUUAUAAGUCCGAAGAUAGCUCGGAAAGUAGCUCAUCCGAAGAUUUGGCUUUAGAAUGGCUGUGGCCGGACCAAAAAAAAAAAAACCCUCUCAAAAAAAAAAAAGAAAAAAAAAAGAAAGCAUUGUAA